GAGGAUGAAAGGCCCGACUGGGCCCCACCUGGAGAGUGAAAUUACAGAACCUACCCCGCCUUGAUCUCCUUGGCGAAGUCGGGGCCCACCGCCAGAUUCUCCCGCCAUAAAAGAAGCGUGUCCCGGAGGUGGAAGAUGAAAAUCGCGCCGAGCCCGAAGGCGAAAUCGGUCAUUUCGAUUCUGGAGCGAGAAAGCGGUGGCGCAUCAUCAAAACCAGAGCGACUCGUGGAGCAUCGUUCGCGUGGAUGCGUGGAACCCAACUCUCAGUCGCUCAGAUUUCAGAAUUCUCGACGCCCACGAGCCGAUCUCUCUGCAUUCUCAAGCCUCGCCUUUUCACAUUGCCCCAUACUCCCGCUUUCUAGAACCUACCCUAUUCCCUUUUCAUUCUCCCAAGCCUCUCUCAUUGUCCCAAGCUUCACAUUGCCGGAUGGCUGAGGUGGGAAAAAUAGUGUUCAUUGUGGUGGUAGACGACGUUGCUGAGAAAGAUAAUGAUAGGGAGUCGUUCAGGUAUUCACGACCUGUUCUCCAGAGUACUCUGCAGCUCAUGGGAUGUAAAGCGCGACAUGCUUUUAAGAUCAGCCAAAGGGUUUUUGAAAUCAUAAGGAGUGAGAGUUCUGUAUCUAUGACGCCUGAUGGAAUGGUCACAUCAGAUCUGCAUGCUCUAAAGGAAAAUUUUGAGAAAGCAGAUGGUCAUCGUGCUGAUACUGAUCUUGGUAAACCAUAUGGUAUGAACCAAUUAUAUUCAGGGAAAGAUGAGAAAACCAAGAGAGUGCCAUUUGAGUUGUAUAAAAAGCGCACAACUGCAUUUGUUCGAAGGGAAAAUUUUUUGGAUAUUGUUUGCGAUGCUUUGACUGAGUAUAAGUACGUGGGUCCCAACCAGAGAGCAGACUUGGUUCUAGCAUGCAGAAUUAGGGAACGGAAGGAAUCAGUAACAGUGUUGUUGUGUGGCACUAGUGGCUGUGGCAAAUCCACCUUGUCAGCAUUGCUGGGUUGCAGGUUGGGAAUCACAACAGUCAUAUCAACUGACUCUAUCAGGCACAUGAUGAGAAGUUUUGCUGAUGAGAAGGAAAACCCCUUGUUAUGGGCUUCUACCUAUCAUGCAGGAGAGUGCUUGGAUCCUGUAGCAGUUGCAGAAGCAAAGGCCAGAAGGAAAGCCAAAAAGCUAGCUGUUGUGUCACGAUCAAUUCAAAAGGAUGAAAUAACAGUGGGUCAUAGCUCUAGAAUAUAUGAUGCACAGAAAUUAGAGGGGGCCUCUGGUAUCACUGAAUUGCUAAGUCGAAAACAAAUGGCUGUUGAAGGAUACAAGGCACAGAGUGAGAUGGUGAUUGACAGUCUUGAUAGACUAAUCACUGGCUGGGAAGAACGAAAAGAAUCAGUUGUUGUCGAGGGUGUUCACUUGAGCCUCAACUUUAUCAUGGGGCUAAUGAAGAAGCAUCCUUCGAUCAUACCAUUCAUGAUAUAUAUUGCAAAUGAAGACAAGCACUUGGAACGAUUUGCUGUACGAGCAAAAUAUAUGACACUGGACCCAGCUAAAAACAAAUAUGUGAAAUAUAUUCGCAACAUUAGAACAAUCCAGGAUUAUCUCUGUAAGCGUGCUGACAAGUAUUUUAUUCCAAAAAUAAAUAAUACAAAUGUUGAUAAGAGUGUAGCAGCCAUCCAUGCUACUGUCUUCAGCUGUCUCCGUAGGCGUGAGGCUGGUGAAAAACUAUAUGAUCCCAUCACAUGUACUGUGACUGUUGUUGAUGAGGAAUAUAGGAAUCAGUGUGCAGCCAAUUCUUUGAGCUCUAAAGGAAUGUUCCAACUGAUACAGAGAAAAGGCUCUUCACGGCAUCUGAUGGCUCUUGUUAAUACUGAUGGAUCUGUGGCAAAGGCUUGGCCUGUUAAUUCAGUUGACCAUAAUGGAAUGCCUGCAAGGGGCCAUGGAUCGUGGAAUGGAAUAGGAAAUCCAAUGUAUGGACCAUUACAGAUUAGCAAGGCAGAACCUGUAAAUCUUCAGUUUGGUCUGUAUGGGAUCAGUGCAUGGCCCAGUGAUGGCGGUACUAGUCGUGCUGGAAGUGUUGAUGAGUCAAGGGCUGAUGGGACUGAAACAGGGAGUAGAUAUCUUUCAUCUGGCUGCAGCUCACCCAGGUUUUCUGAUGGACCUGCAAAGGAGCUCAAGGAGGAGCAUUCAGUGCAUGGUAGUGAUGAAGAGAUUGAUGAUCCACCCGAGGUUGGCAGUGACGAGGAUUUGAGUGAUGGUAGGGAUGAAAGAGUCGAUGAGGAGGCCUCUUCUAUUGUAACAAAAAUUUCAUUCUCGCGGGAACAGGUAGGCUCGGUGGAUGAGGAAUCUAAUAUGUCUGAUGAAGACUAUGACGAUCUGGCAAUGCAAGACGUGCAAGAAAAUGGGUACCAGUCAGACGAGGAAGAGGAUUCUGAGAGGAAGCUGACAACAGUUUUGGGGAGUAAAUAUUGUGAUCAUGAGAACCUGGAUCUCUUCCUUAGAACUAGAAGCGAGCCAAUGCUGGAGCCCAUGUGUUCUUGUCAUUCUCUGCUCACGGAGAAGAGUGAGAAGAAUGUGCCUACUCCAGGUUCCGGCCAAGUCAAGCUGAGAAAACGUUCUCUCAGUAUCCCAGCAUUUGGAAAGCGCGGAUCCUCUGUCAUUGAUCCCAUUCUUUCUGGUGCUCCUCAAAGGUAGCUGUACAGUUUUUCUUUUAAAAUUAAGUUCUUUUCUGCCCCGUUGGACCAUUAAACUAAUAAUAGCAGUGUCGUUCCCAACUCCUGCAUGUAUAUAAUAAUAGUAAGGGGUUCCCCUCCCCCAACAAUUCCGUUCUC